ACCGUCAAAGAAUUGAACGGAAGUGGCUAUUUUUGGUAUUUCGCCAAAAAUGGCUAUAUUUGGCCAAAUCGUCAAAAUUUUGGCUACACAACUGUAUUUUGCCUUUAUUUUACUAAGUUUUCAUGUGUACUUGGUUCCAGAUUAAGCCAGAGGAAGGAAGGAUAGAAAAAUGGAUUCUCCGGAAAGCUUUUGAUGAUGAAGAACGCCCUUAUCUACCUAAGCAUAUCUUGUAUAGGCAGAAAGAGCAGUUCAGUGAUGGUGUCGGAUAUAGCUGGAUUGAUGGCCUCAAAGCUCAUGCUGCCGAACAUGUGAGCGAUAAAAUGAUGCAAAAUGCUGCUCAUAUCUUCCCGCACAACACCCCUAGCUCCAAAGAAGCUUACUACUACAGAAUGAUCUUUGACAAAUAUUUCCCGCAGAAUUCAGCCAGUGUGACCGUUCCUGAAGGAGCAAGUGUGGCAUGCAGCACAGCCAAAGCUGUGGAAUGGGAUGCUUCCUGGUCAAGCAAUCUUGAUCCUUCUGGCAGAGCUGUGCUGGGAGUUCAUCAAGCUGAUGCCGUGGAUAAUGGAAAUAAAACCUGAUACGUGGUACGUGAGUGAUUGAUAUGUAUACACGGUCUAGUUUAUGCUCCUCGCUCUAUCUCAUCGUUGUAGAAGUCGAAACUCAGGCCACUCGCCUAGAACCGGGAUCCCUUGGGAUGAAAUUUCUGGUCACACUGGUUUCACUGUUACUCGUUGGCUGACGAACUCGCGAUAAGCUUGCUCGUAAUAAUUUUUUUAGCUAAUUUAUGCUUUUUGUAUGUUUGCAGAGGUAAUUGAGUCAAGUUUGUGAUCUGUUUUGGUAACCAGAUGACAAUCUAAGUGGAUACAGUACAAGCUGUUCCCGCUUUAUAUUUCCGUCUUUAAUUUGUUGUUACCUUCAAUAAAUCAAGGACCCUAAUGUAUUAUGGAGGAGUCGCAUCCCUUCAGCAGCAAUGUCAACAUUUAGAUACCGUGAUCCAUGUCGUGGUUGGCUAAAACGAAAUGUUAGUGCAGCUCUGGUGUGCAGUCCUUCGAAAUGCUAAACGUACCAAGUGUAUUAUUUGGGUCGAAAUCAUAGGCAUAGUCAAUAAAUGACACAUGUACAUUUUGGUAAAAAUAGGCAUUUUCUUAGUACAUUAAAGCUUAUUUCUUGAUUUUUUGGUUAUAAUGACAUUGAUUCAUUAUAUUGAAAAAAAUCUACCAUUGUAAUAAUUUAUAUUCUGAAAAAAUAAAUUCAACUUCUGACUCCAUCACAAAUUUCACGAUCAAGGUCUGAUCUAUCUCUAAAGAGAGGCUUUUGUCUGUGAAGAACAAAAAUAAAUGAACUUUAAAAUCAGUUAUUUCAGAAAUCUUGACACAAGAGAUUUUGAAAUCUCUUACAUUAUCGGCGCAUCAGUUAUUUCAGAAAUCUUGACAUGAGAGAUUUUGAAAUCUCUUACAUUCUCUCGUCUUGCCAAAUGUAUAAUUCCGUUAAGGCAAAAUACAUUUGUAUAGCCAUAACUUUAACGCUUUUGACAAAUAUAGCCACUUUUUGAAAAAUACACAAAUAUAGCCACAUUUUGAAAACUAGUUUGACAAAUUUAGCAAUUUCCAUUAAAAACUUUAACACCGUCAAUGACUUUGUCAAUAACGUAAACAUUACGUUGAGGUGGAUGCCACGUCAGCUCACACGUAAACUCUAAUAUGACACACCCUAAUAUGACACACCCAUGGACGCUACGUCAGAUUUUAAUUAAAUAAAAAUAUUAAUUUAUUUUAAUAAAAAAUUUAUAAAUGAUUUACCCCUACCACCGCCUGCAGCAAAAAAAAUCCCCCUUUCCUGAAGAUACCCUAAUUUCAUAGAGCUUUACAAGCCUUUCCCCCAAUCUCGUGAUUCUUUUGCUCUCCAACUACUAAUGGGACAACUAAUUUUUCCUCAUGUUCAAGCAUAUCGACCGAACCCAUUUCCUUUCUUUAUCACCCUAAUUCAUCCCAAUACAAAAGAAGGCAGAGGAGAAAGAAAUAGAGAGUUCCUCGGAGACCAUUGCGGAAUCAAUGGUUGUUAAACAAUCGGCGCCCUUGUGGGCUUUGAGAAGGAGUACCCAGGUGGCAGACCCUUGUGGCCUUGUUGGCAUUUUUGUUGUGAGAUUUGUCUCGGAGUCGGGUGGAAGUCGCUCAGAUCUAAGGCGGAGCUGAAGGCAGUGGUGAGGGAUCUGGCAGUGGAAUUGGAAGCAGCGAAAUCUUGAUCUGGCGGCGGUGAGGGGUAUCGGAGAGGGCGACAAAGGCAAUUGAUUUUAUGGACUGGAUAGGCAUGGAGACAACGGAGGCGGUUGAUUGGUUUUGAGGCAGAGCUGGCGCUGCCACCACUGGUCACGCUGGAGCAACGACGUAUUCGUGUCGGAGGAGGGAUGAAUCCAUUGAUGCGGGAGUGUAUGAACGGAGAACAAGAGAUGAUGGAUUUGUGCUUUUGACUACGAAGAUAAGGAUGCAAUGGCGGUCGGGAAAGGACUAGGGAGGGGAUGGAAGAAGGAAGUUAGAGCGACGCUGGGGAAUGAAGGGAUGAAGGGAAUGUCUCUUUGCAUAUUAUUUAUUUUGUUUUUUUUUUGUUUUUUUUCUAGUGAAUUACAAUAAAAUAAAAAUUAGAAU